UGCGCAAUGCUGUAUUGAUCCUGCGGAUUGGAGAUGCACGUACCAGCAUCCAGUGGUCCGGCGGCUGUACACAAUGUCAUUUCUGUUCGACGUUCUUCCGGUAUUUCGCGAGCGAGACGAUCCGCGCAAGUAAUGGAAGACCAGACCAAAGCCUGACUCGUAUCACUGAUUGAUAAACGCGCGUGAGAGAUCGGACGUAUUUAUCAGAGCAGAUUAUGAUAAACAAGAAGGACAGAGGAUAAAGGUGCCGUAUUCAGAGAAAGCGAGAAAUCCGAGGAAAGUGAAGCGCAAGAUAAUUUUGAUGAUCUCUAUCUAAUCACACGUUAGCAAUAAAAAAUGAUAUUCCCUUUAAUCAUUCUGAUCCUUUCGGUGGGAAUCUGCUAUAGCAAUCCAGAUGCUAAAAGACUUUACGAUGAUCUACUCUCAAAUUACAAUCGGCUCAUUCGACCUGUAUCCAACAAUACCGACACUAUUAUUGUAAAACUAGGUCUCCGUCUCUCGCAGCUGAUAGAUCUCAAUUUAAAAGAUCAAAUCUUAACGACGAAUGUCUGGUUGGAACAUGAAUGGCAAGACCAUAAGUUCCAGUGGGAUCCUUUGGAAUACGGGGGUGUCACUGAACUCUACGUGCCUAGCGAACAUAUAUGGCUACCCGACAUUGUUCUUUAUAACAACGCGGACGGAGAAUACGGUGUGACAACAAUGACUAAGGCUGUUUUGCAUUACACCGGCAAAGUUCUUUGGACACCUCCCGCAAUUUUUAAAUCUUCCUGCGAAAUAGAUGUUAGAUACUUUCCCUUCGACCAACAAACCUGUUUCAUGAAAUUCGGCUCAUGGACAUAUGAUGGCUUUCAAAUCGACUUGAAGCAUAUUAAUCAAGAUGUAGGCGACCAAGUCAAAGUAGGUAUCGAUUUACGCGAAUAUUAUCCAAGCGUGGAAUGGGACAUACUAGGUGUCCCUGCGGAACGUCACAAGAAGUAUUAUCCUUGUUGUCUCGAACCGUAUCCCGAUAUCUUCUUCAACAUAACUUUACGUCGAAGAACAUUGUUCUAUACGGUGAAUCUCAUAGUGCCAUGCGUCAGUAUCUCUUAUCUAUCGGUGUUGGCUUUCUAUUUACCGGCCGAUUCCGGAGAAAAGAUCGCGCUCUGUAUUAAUAUCCUACUAUCCCAGACUAUGUUUUUCCUACUGAUAUCCGAGAUUAUACCAUCCACGUCUCUAGCACUGCCGUUGCUUGGCAAGUAUUUACUUUUCACGAUGAUCCUGGUCGGUUUGUCGGUCGUGAUAACGAUCAUUAUUUUAAACGUGCAUUACCGAAAACCGAGCACUCACAAAAUGGCACCUUGGGUAAGAAAAAUUUUCAUCAGAAAAUUGCCGAAACUACUUCUGAUGAGAGUGCCCGACGAUAUUCUCAGUGAUCUCGCCGCGCACAAGAUACACGGAAGAGGAAGAUCCGGAAAGAAGAGUAAGUUCAAUGCCGCUAUUGCAGCGGCAGCGCAAUCGUCAUCGAUAAUAUCUUCGCCAGAUUCUGCCCGCCAUCAACGAAUCGAUGGUUGUAACGGUUUACACAGGACAACUGCCCAUAAUCGAUUUUUAGUCGGCAGUUUAGGAUAUAACGGGCUUCCAACAGUUAUGUCCGGUCUCGAUGAAUCAUUAAGUGAUGUAACGCCAAGAAAAAAAUAUCCUUUCGAAUUGGAAAAAGCUUUACAUAAUGUCAUGUUCAUUCAGCAUCAUAUACAACGCCAAGACGAAUUCAAUGCGGAAGAUCAAGAUUGGGGUUUCGUCGCAAUGGUUCUCGAUCGUCUCUUCCUAUGGAUCUUUACGAUAGCCUCCAUAGUUGGAACUUUUACAAUUCUAUGCGAAGCACCUGCACUUUACGACGACACAAAGCCGAUCGACACGAAAUAUUCCUCAGUUGCUCAACAACAAUUCUUCCCACCCGAAAUCCAGGAAACUACUUUACUGGAAACUAUCGGGUAGACAUUCAUAGAAUGAUAGUCGAGAUAUAACGGUGGUAUUUCAUUCGCACACCAAAGUCUACCUGUAUAUAGGACAAGUUUCAUGCUCCAAUUAAUAUCUUCCCGAAGAGCAAUCGAUUCAUAUAUAUGUAGCGUAGUUUUUCGACAAAUUAUAAACAAAACUUUUUUCAUUACAAACAAGAACAUAUAUAUACUCGAGUUUGUUCGAUAUACUGUACGCAUUAGAAACAAAAAUAAAAACUAAAAAAUCAAAAAGUAAA